GACUGUGGUAAACGACGAGACCGAAGAGCUGAUGGCCAAGGCCUCAUUAAGGCUUGGUUGCAAAGUUCUCGAACUUGCACAGGUUUGCAUCCGGGAAGCACGGUUGUCGGUGACUCCCGCCAUCUUCACCGAGCCCAAGCCGGAGCCCAGAAUGGUGCGCGGAAAGAUGGAAGUGCGCGAGCGUUUCGUGCUGAACAGCGAAGACACGCUGUUGGAAGCUGGUGUGGAGAACAACGCCGUCCUCAGAGCCAAGAUCAGUCCCGCAGUCAUCACCGCGUCAAAGGACCGCACAGCUCGCAUUUGGAAUGCAGAGACCGGGAAAUGUGAGCUCAUUCUGGAGGGCCACACCGAAGCAGUGUGCUCGGCUUGUAUUUCACCAGACUGCCGCUAUGUGGCGACCUCUUCGGAAGAUGGCUCCUCCAGGCUCUGGUAUGUCGACAGCGGCCGCUGCGCUCGAGUCCUGCUGGACCACAAAGAGGCUGUUUACUUUGCCACGUUUUCGCCCGACAGCAAGCAGGUCGUGACUGCAUCAGAGGACGCCACUGCCAAAAUCUGGGUGGUCAAAACCGGCAUCUGCAAGCUGACUUUGAAAGGGCACCACUUCGCCGUCCUCUGGGCUACAUUUUCCCCUGAUGGCAGAAGCGUAACAACCACAAGCAGCGACGGAACGCUCAAAAUUUGGAAUGCCAAAACAGGAGUUUGUGAUCGGACCCUCCUUGGGCAGAAGCCCGUGUACCUGGCCUCCUUUGCAAGUGAUGGCACGACUUUCGUCACGACUAGUGGUGAUUCGACUGCCAAGAUUUGCGACCUGGUGACUGGAGAGGCCAAAAUAGUUCUUACAGGCCACGACUCGCUUGUGCGACACUCAGCCUUGGCGGUUGCAUUCACCGUGCCUAACAGCAGAAUUGCAUUGGUUCGAAAGAGUUCCAUAGGAGUCCUUGUCGAGAGAGGGUUCGUUGUCGGCUAG